CAUAUUUUAUUUUUCUCAAGGCUUGCUUUUCAUAUGGUCAGCUGCCUCAAAUGUCUUGAAUUGAACUCAUCAUCAUCAAUGGCGGAUCAACAGAGAAUCCAUCCUGUCCCGGACAUCGAAUCGCCACCACAAACCUCCCCGACAGCCCCCUUGGUUCCCCUAGGCUCCACCAAGUCCGACCUUGUUAACCCCGUCGAACAACAUCAACCCAUCUACUCCCAUGUCGCUCCUCCUAUGAAAAGAAGAAGAAGAAGCUGUUGUUGUUGCAGGUGCUUGUGUUGGACACUGUCUAUUCUCUUGAUCCUAAUCGUCAUUAUAGGGAUCAUCGUCGGCAUCUUAUUCCUCGUUUUCCGACCGAAGCUACCGGACUAUUCCAUCGACGGUCUGGAGGUAACGCAGUUGAGUCUCAGCUCAGAUUCUAGCCUGUCUGCUAGCUUCCACGUUAACUUCACCGCGAGAAACCCCAACAGAAGAAUCGGUAUUUAUUACGAAGGAGGCAGCCAUAUAACCGUGUGGUACACUGGAACCCAACUGUGCCGAGGGUCGAUACCGAAAUUCUACCAAGGUCAUCGGAACACGACCGUGCUGGUUUUGCCGAUGUCGGAACAAAUCCAGAACGGUGCCGGCUUAUUGACGGCGCUGCAACAGCAGCAGCAGCAGACGGGGAACAUACCGUUGUUGCUGAGGGCCAGACAACCUGUGAGGAUAAAGCUUGGGAGCCUAAAGCUCCCGGAAAUGAAGUUCUCGGUUAGGUGCUGGCUAGUGGUGGAUGCUUUAUCUCCUAACAGUUCCAUCAGAAUUUCGAGUAGUAACUGCAGCUUCAGGUUUAGGGUUUAGAACUCGACUUCCUUAACUGCUGGGAUUAUAUUACUUUAUUGUUUAUUUAUUUUCUUUAAUUUUUCAUAAAAAUGGAGGUUUUUAGCAGGUUUUGUCCUAUACUGUAGUAU